UCUAUCAACGGCUAUGUUCCGAGAUUCUGGCAGGUAGGCAGAGGCCUUUGCUCAACCGAGUCCACUUGAUCUGAUAAUAUUCCUGUUCAUUCGUAUACUCAAUGCAUGACAAGCGUCGUCAACUACGCAAUCAGUACCUAGCGCCGCUGGUAGAGAUGUCAGGGACAGUUCUAGACCAGCACUUCGUGACUCAAUCUCACGAUUCACUCUGGCUUAGUUAAAAACGCCGUGGAACCUUGAUGACCCAGCGCUUGCAGCAACCAUCAUCGAAAAGAACGCUUGGAAAAACUUGAAUGAUCCGGUACAGUUAUUCCCCGAAGCACGCUUGGCCCGCAACUACUAGCUAGCCACCUGAAAGAAGCUUCGAUAGUAUGUCCUACACAUAAUGUAUAAUGGCGAUUGUUGCUGACAAUCUGAUGUCAGGAAUCUGCAGCCAGUGCAGCUGAGUAGCGUACCGUAUGCCGAAGGAGUACACCGCAACCUUGACAUUCAUGAAGUAGGAUAUAAUGCCUCAGUUCACCUUUUUUCAGCUAGCUUCCACCUCUGCAUUGAGUAUAGCUGACGGCGUUCAAUUUGAUGAUAUUUCCCCGCAAUUUAAAUGCAUGGUCUAUAUUGGACGACCAUCAGAUCCUCGAUUUCUACCUUGCCCCCGUCAACGCGACCCAAAGAAGGUGGCUGAGAUUAUUAGCGUUAGUUGCGGUGAACGCGGGAAGAAUUCAGAGUAGCUAUACCUAUUAGAGCGAGCUUUAGAGGUACUUAGGCCUGGCAAGGUGAAUGCACAUGUAACCGUUCUAGUUAGUAGGGUGAAAGUCCUAGAAGAAUAGCAACUACGAUGAGGUGAUGCGGGAUACAAAGGGAGACUGUCGGUUCC